UCUACUCGAAGCGUAUAAUGGGCGUAAGAUCGGCAGCUCAGAGCCCCGAGGCUGACGAACGCUUUGUCCAGCCUCGUACCGUGAAGUGAUGUCUCUUGUUAUCACACUUGGGGCGCUUGGGAGCGGAGGUAUCCCAUGCUUGUCGCCGGGGAAUCCUUCCCUCGAACUCUAUCUGAACGUGCCUCAACUUCGAAAGCAACAUUCCGCUCCGCUGGCUUCCAAGGUCACUCGGCCAUACCAUUCCGACUUUGCAGUGAAUGCCUGGGAGGUCCCCGCCGACAGCGGGGUCUCGAUGACAAGAGAGGGGGAGGGGUCUGCUUACUGAUUCUCAUCGCUGCCGGCAUUUCAAUUGAUGCCGCUCAAGUGCAGACGGCUCUUUUUCAAAGCCCAGUCGCUCACUGUCAACGUUCGCGCUUUCAAUGUCGGCGAGACAGGCACACCAUUUAAGGGCCUUUCUCCCAGAGGUACAGUGGGAGCGCGGUGAUCCGAAUGUGUUGACGGACGC